UCAAAUGUUAUGGUUUUUGAUGUUUCUCGUUGGAGACGAACUGUUUGCACAUUUUGUCAGAGUGUGUGUAAUCAGAAUUUUUUUUUUCCGCACCACAUAAAGUUAUCAGCAGUCGUGUGUUAUGCUGUGGCGUGAUAUUUUGCCUAUCAAAACGAGUUGCAGAGGUGGUUCCAUUGUCAGUUUACUUCGCGCUGUCUAAGCGACUGCAACAGGAAUAUUCGACUGGGAAUAAUUUUAAUAAGAGAAUUGGAAUCGUCAACUGCUUAUUAAAAGACGGGAAAAUUUGUUCAAAAAUAAAAUUGUGAAAUGGCCCCAAACGCGACCAGAUCGGAAUGCACUGGUGUGCUCAACGAACACGAUGCUGAAACAAUUGAUGGAGGAUUAGCCAAAGAUAUUGCUCCAUUGAUGGGGCAUAAGAAGCAACCGUUGAAAUUGGUUUGGAGAAACAUUAUCCUUUUCGCCUACGUUCAUGUGGCCGCUGUUUAUGGAUUAUGGUUACUGCUAACUGCAGCUAAAUUCUACACAUUCUUCUUCUCUGUCGUUUUGUAUUUAUCAUCUGGAUUGGGUAUAACAGCCGGCGCUCAUCGAUUGUGGGCUCAUCGGUCGUACAAAGCAAAACUACCGCUUCGCAUACUGUUAACCGCCUUUAAUACGAUGGCGUUUCAGGAUUGUGCCAUACAUUGGGCUAGAGACCAUCGUGUCCACCACAAAUAUUCGGAAACCGAUGCAGAUCCACAUAAUGCGACCAGAGGAUUUUUCUUCUCGCAUAUCGGAUGGUUAUUGUGUAAAAAGCAUCCCGAUGUCAUCGAAAAAGGAAAAGGUUUGGACAUCUCCGAUCUGACAACCGAUCCCGUGCUCGCAUUUCAACGGAAACACUACUUGAUUUUGAUGCCGUUAGCGUGUUUCGUCUUCCCAGUUUUAGUUCCGAUGUAUUUGUGGAAUGAGUCAUUUUUGAAUGCAUUUUUCGUUGCCGCUAUGUUCCGAUGGACAUUUGUGUUGAAUGCAACGUGGUUGGUGAACAGUGCAGCACACAAAUGGGGCGACCGACCCUACGACGUUAAUAUCAAUCCAUCGCAAAAUCCAUCCGUAGCCCUGUUCGCAUUCGGUGAGGGAUGGCACAAUUACCAUCACGUUUUCCCGUGGGACUACAAAACCGCUGAAUUGGGUAACUAUGAACUGAACUUCACAACGGCAUUCAUCGACCUGAUGGCGAAAAUUGGCUGGGCCUAUGAUUUGAAAAGCGUGUCCAAGGAUAUCAUCAAAACGAGAGUUGAACGAACGGGUGAUGGUACGCACGCUACAUGGGGAUGGGGUGAUAGAGAUCAAGAUAAAAUCGAGUUGAAGCAUGCAACGAUCACGCAUCAACUGAAAACGGAUGAUUGAAAUGUGGAUGGUAGAUGGUUCUUAUCAUUUCAAAUUUACUCUUUUUUGCUUGUGAUUUUAAAGUUAAUUUAUUUAGUAUUACCCCCAUCGUAAGUUGUGAGUAUAUAAGCCAGUCCGAGUACAAUACCAAAAAUAAGUUUAGUAAAAUGAGACUAAAAAUUUAGCUAUAUGAUGGUGAUUGAAUACCAUCCUAAACAUCCCAUAUUAUGCAUUCAAAAUUAUUAUUUUUUUAAAUGAAUUUAUUGUGGAAAUUGCUCAUUUAAAUUUCCUUUUUUUAAUUUGUUUAUUAUUCAAAAUUCAUCGAAAUGGAAUGUAAAAAACAAACAUUUUGUUUCAGUCAAAAUCUUAUCCUUUUUUCGGUAACUAUUGUAAAUAUAUCAAACGCAAUUCACUUAAAAUUAAUCCCGA